AUGGUUCGUGCUGUUCGACUUCUAUUGGUUGCAGGCAUUGGAGACGGCCAGCUGGCUGUCUACUACCUUUUUCGCUCGCAUGGCUCUAAGCGAAAGCAGCUGCACCAAAUCCAGGGAUUCGAUGCCUCGCGCCGCGUUGGAGACGUGGCAACAGCAGUGUCUCUUCCGAGCCGCCGCCUGCUUGACGAUGGGAGCCUCGCCGUGGAAACUGUUCUUGCGGGAUUUGAAAGCGGGCGUGUUGCCAUCUUCAAGACAUUUUUUCCGGAAGACUUCAUCAGCGAGUCUGGUGACAAAGCCAUGACUCUGGAAGAGGUCAUGGAAGAGCGGCAGAGAAUCAAAAGCCUUGCAAACGGUGAGCCGGUGCUGCAAGCGCAAGAACCGCUCCUGUUGGAGCACUACCAUUGUGACAGUCCUGUUGUGGCUCUGUUCUGGCACCAGAUUAUGGGCAUCUUCAGCAUCUCAACGAACGGACGUGUGGUUGUGGCUGAUAGCUGCGGUGUGAAAACUUUUUCCAUUGCAGAGGCAUGCGGCCGGAAUGCCACUGCCACGUCUGCGGACAUGUCCACUCAACUGGAGCAGCUCGCCGUGGCCGGUCAACGGGGGGUGCACCUCUGGCAGACCUUGUCCCAGGCAAAGUAUGGCGUUGUGGGCACAGUCCAGGAGGGCUCGGAUGUCCAUCCUGAGCAGAACGAUAACUUCAUGCUGGUGCGCUACAUGCCCUCUGGAAAGUUUCUCCUCACGCUGAGCCAAGACCGCGGUGAUGUCAAGCUUUGGGAUGCUAUGAGCCUGGAGUUGCAUUGCUCACUGCGGCCUGGAGAGAGCUCUGUAGACUGCGCAUUCUGGGAACCACGCUGGGAAACUCUUUUAAUCUUCACGGCCAGCGGCGUGACGGAGAUCGAGCUACAUGAGCAGGAGAUACAUCAGGACGAGGUGGAUCUGACGGGGCCUGUGAAGUCCUUGAGUCAGGCAAGGUCCUUUAGAACUACGAUUGUAGGCUUUUGA